AUGACGAUGAGCCCCCGGCAGAUUUAUCCUUGUCCGUGUGUCGCACACAUGCUUCCCAUCGUGCUGUUGGCCUUUGCAGUGCCAAGCGCGAGCGCAGCCCGCGCCCGUGAAGACCUCCGGACGGAACUCAUGCUUGACUCGGACCUGACUCCCGAAUGCCAAGCGGAGCUACAUGGCUUGAUUACAGAUUUGACGCAGAACUGCAUCGAAUUUGUACGCGAGAAGUUUGGUGAUGGUGAAGAAUCCUGCGGACCCAAAAUCUCCGAAUGGUUGACUGGUAACUUGAAAACUUCGGAGCCCAAGCUCACAACAUGGACCCAAAGUUUAGCCAAAUCCGAGAAAGAAGGUAUGUUGUGGGCAGGUUUCUGGGAUGGAGGAGAGGCAGAGCGUACCUCCAAGGAGGCCCUCUUUCGCUUUGCAAAGCUGAUAAACAGGAUCACAGUCCAUCCCAGUACAACAUUGGGACGCCUCACCGCCAAGAACGGAGAUCUCCAGGAGUGCAACGAAGAUCCGGCGGUCUAUACACCUUUGACAGGUGAGCCCACAGAUAAGGGUUUGCUUCCCAACUUCUGGAUGGUGGCCAGCGAAUGGUUCGUUCAUGAGAUGGCCCGAAAGGAGCAGAGCGCCAUCGUGAUGCUUGUCAACAAGGACCUUGACCCAGAGGCGAAUCGCAACCUCUAUCAGUCCGUCCUCUGGAAAUACGAGCUGCCUGCAUUGGCCGACAGGGUCCGACUCUCUGCCGCCGAGUUUUUUGCUGGGUGGGAACCGCAGGUUGUGCUGGUGAAUAUGCAGGAUUCAUGCAUUGAUUUGAAGGGCAAGAUUGCUGGACAACUGAGGAAUGUCGUCCUUGGACCAGAGAACCAGUGGAUCGAGAGAUGGUUGGCAAACAAGCCCAUAAUCUGUCUUGAGUGUGCUUCGCCUUGCGAGCUGAACCAGAAAUUUGCCGAUGAUUUGCAGGAGGAACUCAACCGAAAGAGCCCCUGA